AUGGAUAAUAUUGAAGUAGAAGAAAUAAUAGCCGAACCAAAUGAGCCUUCGUGGAUGACAAGCGUUAGCUUUUCGAUAUUGCAAUCAAAUGCUUGGUACAUUGUAGCCGUGGCUGCAUUAGUUUAUUACAUUUGGAAUGAAUAUUUAUCAUCUAAAUUUAACAAAUGGAGAGAAGAAAGAGAAAUUAAAAGGAUUGCUGCAAUAGCUAAAAAAGAACCUGAUAAUUGUUUCGAAUUGGAUGAAGCUCGAAUGAAAGCUGUUAGAAAAUUACAAGAUGAAUAUAACAAACAAGCAUGCAUAAAACAAAAAUCGUUUCAAGAAAAAGAAGAAAAAAAAAGACAAGAAUCUUAUAGUAGACUUGGACUUCAAGGUGGAAGAAAAUUAAAUGAUUCUUAUUUUCCAUUAUCCGAUAGUAGUAGUUCAUCGAAUUAUGUUCCGACAACUAGAAGAAAGGGUUGUCCAGGAGGUUGUUAA